AUGACAUUGAAUUUUCUCUUGGUGGUGACGUGUCUCUUCGCUCUGUCGGGACGUUUGGAAGGACAGAUAGACAACUGUCCACAUUCUCAUCCACACUCGAACCAACGGUACGACGACGAGAAGGAUCUGAGGGCCGAGGCUAGCGUUUUGGAUCACAAAAAGAGCCGCGUCAAUUCGGAAGAAGAGGACCACGACGGAUGGCAAGGAGGGAACAUCCACUCGGGAAAUUGGUGGGACGGUUGGGUCAAAGGGUGGUACUCCAGCGUCAAGAAACAAGAGCUGAAGAAGAAGGGAAUUCCCACGGACGGCAUGAAACCCGAGGACUUUUGGAGAGAUAUCAAGCAGGGUUACGGUCCCGGUCGGAGACCCGGUCCUAUGGGCGGUUACGUUAAUUACGGGUACGGUUAUCGAAAGUAUUCGCCUUACAAAUCGGCUUCUUACAGAAAUUAUUAUUAUAAAAGUCCCCCUUACAGAUACGGAGGCUACGGAUACAAAAGUUAUUACGGCGGUUACGGAUACAAACCGUACGGAUACGGUCAUUACGGAAAUAAACCGGGUUAUCAUCCUUAUCCCGUGCCUUACGGUCACAUUUACGGAUACAGGGGAUGA